AGUUUAAUGCAAGAGUCCAAAGGAUCUUUCUUCCUUGGUCUUGUAUAAUUUUGCUGGGAGCAAGAUAACAGAUUUUAGAGCCAUUCAAUUUGACUUUCAGUCCUGUGAUUUUAUGAUGCUCACACUAUGACUUACAGAUAGCAUUUAACAAACAUGGAUUUUAUUCUUAGGUAAUGAAUUUGUAAAAGUUCUCUCUAGUGAUACCAAGCAGAUCACUGACCAGUCUGGAUGUGUGUAGAGGAACUAGAUGAAUUCUGUUGAUCUGUGACCUGAUAGUUUCUGGCAUUGCUUAUAGAAGGAUGUAAUGCUUCCUGCCAUGCCUCUUUGCAGGGAAUGGGUUUUGACUGAAAUACAAGAAGACAAUCUGGGAUUGAACUCAUCUUACCAAAAAUGAGAAACUUUGCCCAGACUUCAGUUUGGAUGCCAUGGAACUGGACAGAGAUUUGGGGAGUUUGGAGGGAGCAGGGAAAUUGUGAAACUUUUAUAUCCUACUCACAGGUCCCAUUAUGACAACCCGUGGGCUGAAUUCGUCCUUCAAACUUAUCUUGUUUGGUCUGAUAAUUUGAAGUAGUCAUCACCAACCUAAAAUUUGGAGAGUUUAUAUAAAGUUUUGGACUUGUUUCUCUUUUCUUGAAAAAUCAGCAGAUUUAACAACACCAGUUUCCCAUUCCUGCAUGAUGACACUUGGCUGGAGCCAACAGUGAGCUCUUCCCUUUGGAUGGGGGUGUUCAGAUCCCAGGGCUUGGAACUUUUACUUUAAUGAGACAAAAAAUUGACGUGGGAAACAACAAGUUUAUUCUGAUUCAGAGACCCAUAUUUAUCAUGGCAGAGAAGUUAGUACGGACCCAUGAACUCAAACAAAACAAAACAUACAUUCCUGGUGAUAUUCCCGUUGUUCUACUUAAUUUUGCCACGAUAUCCCUGCAGGGUCCAUUUAGCAGGGAUACAGUGGAAAGCUGUGUGAAAGAAACUUUGCUUUUUUUAUCACAAUCCAUUUCCACCAAACCAAAUGUGGAGUUUACUUUCAAAGGAAUCGGGAUCCUCACGAUUAAAGGCGGCAAAGUGAAGAUGAGAUUUUAUAAGGAUUUCCUUUCUAAAAUGGAUGGAACUGGGGCUUUGGCAGAAGCCCUCACAAAUAGGCCUGGCACUGUGGACUCCGUGUUGUCCAGCGGAGAGAGCUCAGAGAAGCAAUCCAAGUGUGGGUGUGCAUUUCCAAGGAUUGAGAUCAAGACGUUGGACAAAAAACCACCUAUGGAGACCAUUGUAGAGGAAGAUGAAAAUGAAAUGAAUGGACAAGAGAAGUGCGAAUUAAAAGACCAUCCAAGCAAAGAAGGCGUCAGAGAGAUCAUAACACACAAGAGACUUCGAGAAAAACAUGCUCUCUCUCCUUUCAAAGUGACAAACAUCAGCUUUCCAAACAUGGCGGAGCAGAAUGUUAGUGGUGGUAAGAGUGUGAACCGCAAAAGCUUAUCAUCUCCACGUUAUUUGAAAGAUUACAAUAAAAUGAAGCAUAACGUUUCUCCAGCCACUGGUUGCCAGGAUCAUACUAAGGCAGGGCAGGAAUUGUGUUAUGUGUGUUUGCAACGAGCGCUGCACAAUUUGCCACGACACCACAGCAGUGAGAGGAAGAGAGGGGAGAGAGAAAAUGAGGAACACAUUCGGCAGUAUCAAAUGAUGAAGGAUCAAGAGGAGCUCCAGAAACACCAGAUGAGAAAUCUGGCUAAUAGAGCACAGAAUCAAAAAAAUGCUGCCUAUAAUCUUGGAGUUGCUGAUGCUAUAAGAAUCCACAAGAAGGAGAAACCUGAAUUUUAUAAAUCUUUCCUAUUUGAUAAACGGCCACUCAGUUCUGAGAUUAAUGCUUUUAAACAAGAAGAAUAUUCCCAAAGUCUCCUGAAACAAAUGGAUAACAGACGGGAAAAGCAAAUAAAGCAAAGACAAAACAGAGAGCUGAUGGGCCGCCUAGAACAAAAGCAUCUCACAGAGGAACUUGAUGCACAGAGAGCCAAAUACAUCAGAGAUAAGAUGGAAAACACCCAGUGUUAUAAGAGAGCUUUGGAUGCACAGAUAAAGAAUAAAUCCAUGCAAAUGUCCACGAUUGAGCCAGAACCUUGUGAACCCAUCUUUGCUAAGGAUGAGAGUGAAAUGAUGGUGCAAAAGCGAAAGCGAGACCAGAAAUACAUGAAGCACCAGAUGGAGACCGCUGCUAGCCAGAAAAGAAGAACCAUGUUGCAGCAUCUGGUGGGCCAGAAGCAGGAUUUGCAGAUGCUUCAGAGGACACAAAAAGAACACCUGGCAGACAGAAAGGCUGAGAUGGAGCGGGUGAAGAGAAUGAACGAGAGCUUGCUGAAGGACUGGGAAAGGAGCACCGCAAUGAAGAAACAGCGGGACAUGGAGGAGAAGGCUUUCCAGCGGUCUGCAAACAAGCUCUUUAUCCUGGACCAGUGCGAGAGAUAUUUGCGCUGCAAGCAGUGCCAGAGGAGCAUCAACAAUAAGGGCAGGAGCAACGUGUGGCCAUUCAACCAGCACCUGCCUGGCUCGUGGUUCUUUUCAUAAAACCCACCUCUUGGAUCUAUGUUUUCCUCCGGAAAAUUUUUAUCUUUUAAAUGUUGGAGGCAUGAUGGCGAAACUACUGAUUUUUACUUUGGAGGGAAAAAGUUAUUGUGUUCUUUUGGUCCUUUCAGGAGUAGACUGAUUUUUAACCCCUUGUUGGAUUCACAUAGGCAGGGCCUCCUCACCUACCUUCCUCCCCCGCCCCACAGAACCCUGCCGCCAUGGGGGCUGGGACCGGGACCCAGCCUCAUUCUGGCCGCAGGGUUGCUGCCGACCCAGCAGCAUAGAUAAGACAGGAAAACUUUAUCCUUUUUUCCAUGUAUAAUGAAUAGUGUCCUAAUAAAUAUUUUCUAUGUGACUG